UAUUAGUAUUUCUGAGGCGACGCAAUGAAGCUUUACACAACACAAAGCCAUGGUUUCUCGAACACGUGCUCGUGAAGCAGCUUGUGCAGUGACGGCUCUCGUCUCCGGGCCUUCUCAAUCUGCUAAGCUUUCAACGAUUAUGAUGUCUCACCCUCACAAUUCCACCCCUUCCACAAAAAAUCCAAAUAUCGACUUAACUCACACGCUGAAAGAGUUCAACAAAAUGCUCCAAACUCAGCCGCAGCCGGACAUUUCAUCAUUCAACCCGCUGUUAGCCUCCGUUUCCAAAGCUAAGAAAUAUCAAGAUUUGAUUUUUAUGUUCAAUCAGAUGGCGGAAGUUGAUUUAUCGCCUGAUUACAUCGGUAUGCACAUUUUGCUCAAUUGCUAUUGUGAUUUGAAAAGAGUUGGUUUAGGUUUUUCUGUUCUGGCCGCGAUUUUUAAGAAGGGCUAUCGUCCAAAUAUUGUUACAUUCACUUCCUUGAUUAAGGGUUUGUGCAUUGAAGCUAGAAUAGAUGAUGCGCUAUGGCUGUUGAGGAAGAUAAUUGCAAUGGGUUUUUAUCCAAAUGUGAAAACUUGGGGCACUUUGGUUAAUGGGUUGUGUAGGAGUGGGAAUGUGGAGAUUGCUCUUAGGGUGCAUCAAGAGAUUAGGGAUGGGAAUGUUGGAUGUGGUCUGAGGUUUAAUCCCAGUUUGAUUUACUAUUGUUGCCUUAUUGAUGGCCUUGCUAAAGAGGGAUUUGUGGAGGAGGCUAAGGAAUUGUUUUCCGAGAUGGAGGGGAGGGGAAUUCUGCCCGAUGUGGUAGCGUUUGGCACAUUGAUCAACGGUUUGUGUAAGAUGGGCGAUUGGGAGGGGGCAAAGGAGGUGUUUUUUGAGAUGAUGGAUAGAGGCAUCCCUCCCAAUGUUGUGACGUUUAAUAUGUUGAUUGGUGCGCUUUGCAAGGAGGGCAAAACGGACGAAGCUAGUGGGAUGUUGGAUUUCAUGAUAGAGAGGGGCGAGGAGCCGGAUUACAUAACGUAUAACACUUUGAUGGAUGGGUACUGUCACGAGGGUAGAAUUGAUGAUGCAAGAAGGAUGUUUGUUAUGAUGGAAGAUAAGGGUAAAAAAAUAGAUGUUUCGACUUACAAUGUGUUGAUUAAUGGUUAUUGCAAGCAUCGCAAAUUGGAAGAGGCAAUGGCCCUUUUCAGAGAAAUGCUUAGCAAAGGUUACAAACCAAUAGUUAUUACUUUUAACAUUUUGUUGACUGGUCUAUUUCAAGUAGGGAACGUUUUGGAUGCACGUGAUCUUUAUUCAAAGAUGGAAGGUCAUGGUUUGGCGCCGGUUUCUGCCACGUAUAAUAUAUUACUGGAUGGUUUCUGCAAAAAUGGUUUCCUUGGGGAGGCAAUAGAGCUGUUUCAAACUCUAGAAAAGUCUGGCUAUAAGCUUUCAAGUCUUACUUGUAACUGUCUACUUGAUGGGCUCUGCAAGGCAGGAAAGCUCGAUCCGGCUUGUGAGCUAUUUGAGAGACUCCCAAAAAUGGGCUUGGCACCAACACCUUAUACUUACUCGAUCAUGAUCAAUGGGUUUUGCAAGAAUGGGCAGUUAGAGAAGGCAAAAAAUCUGUUUCUUCUAAUGGAAAACAGCGGUUGUACUCCUGACGUAGCCAACUUCAAUACACUUAUGCGAGGAUUCUGCAAUAACAAUGAUCUUGCCAACGUGGUCGAUCUUCUUCAGAAAAUGGCUGAGAGAACUCUCUUACCAGAUUCAUAUACAGCAACUAUAGUAGUGGACUUACUGUCAAAAAAUGAAGAUUACUCGGAAUUUCUAAAAUUAAUUCCCAACUUUAGUGACAAGGGCCGGGAGAAGAUAACAUGCUGAAAAAUGAGUUAGUAGUUCAUCCCAUUUCACACUAUGUCAGCAUCGAAGAUACAGGAUCAACUACAUUACACACGAACCAUAAAUUUGAAUAUUAUGGAAAUAUAUUGCUUGUUGGCCGUUCCAGUAUGGUACAAUAAGCAACGACUUGGAGCUGCUUCUUCCAUAAAAUGUCUGCUCAGAAUGGGAGAUGGUCAUGUGCGUAGCAAUCAUAUUGUUGCUACAGAGUGGGUGAGGCGUCUUGUGGCUCUCAACCUAGCAUCUUUUCAGUUUCAUCGGAAUGCCCUUCACAGCACGUAAAUACUCCCUUUGUGAUUGCAGAGCUCCAUUAUGUAAGUUAGCUUUGCCUUAGUCAAUGAUUGGAUGCUUCAGUUUUCUUUGUGAAACUAUCUUUUAUCAUUGUCUUGCAUAUGGGAUUUAAAGUUAUUCUAGUUUAUAUUAGGAUAAUUAGGAUAGCUCCAUAUAUUUGUGAACAACUAAAUAUGUUUUCCUUAGCAAUAGGUAAAAUGUAAAAGGGACGCAUUUCUUUGUUGUAGAUAGAAACUAAAAACAAAUAAAGAAAAGGAGCAAUUUGUUAGAGUAAAAGAGAACAAAGACUGGAAUGAUUCCUCAAACAAGAGGAAAGAUUAAUAUUAAAUUAUUAAUCAGAGUAACAAGAUACCUAGAACUCAGGAGAGAUCAAUCCUGCCCAAGCGCACCUUGCCCGUCUCAUGUACACGCCCUAUUUUAUUGACUAGGCCUCAAGUCUACAAAGGAGCCCAUGGACAGACAGCGAAAAAAUAAAAAUAACUAAACAAUUAAAAUGAACAAUUGAUUAACUGAAACUCAGCACAGAGUCUCAGGAACGAGCCUUCAACCACCAUUGAUAAACUCUGACUGCAUCACAUUUCUCCAUGUAUAUCCUUCCUUGAACACCAUUUCCAAUUUCUCAUUGGCCUGAAUUGUGAAAGAAUUGUAUUGCCUUUUCCUAGAGAUGUCCAAAGAAUAGUAGUUUCCACAUCUAUUAUACAUAAGGGAGCCACAUUUUCUUAUACAUAAGUGUCACUUGAAUGAACACACCAAUAUGUUGGAUUGUUCCAUUUGUAGGCUUUUAGCUCUAAUUAAAGGUAAUGCAACUCUUUUCUACAUGCAGGUAAAUAUAUCCAUGAGGUAUAUGGAGUAAUAUAUAUGAGGAUUAUUUACUUUUCUUUUCCGUUUUUCAGAGAGAGGGGGGUCUCUUGAAUAACAAACGAGAAACUGACAAAGGAAUUGAUUGAGUACAACUAUAAUUCGUAUGCAUAAGGUAUUGAUGAAGUACGCAUAAGAGGUGAGUCGAAAUCCAUAAUGGUGAUGGCCUUGUUCGUGCUUGAGGGUUGAGAUUCGUUACGAUAAUAGACUAGGUCGACUGGUAGCAGUCGUGGCCGACAAGUAUCUUGGCUUGUAUCGUAUUAGCACGGUGAGUCCCUAUCUCAAUGGAUUUGGAUGGUGUGUGUGUAGUGGGUUGGAGGUACAAAUGCAAUGCAAGACUGUGUUUAUGAUGACAGUAUAGAGAAUGUUGGGCAACAUGAUUUAUGGAAGUUGGGAAGAUCCAAACAGAAAAAAACGAAAAGCAUAAUCAUGUCUUUUGCAAUCAUUCUUGUUUUUCCAGUUUAUGCUGAAAUGAAAUGUUUCUCCCAA